AUGGGGAAAGAUAAAGUGAUGGGGAAGGGAGAGGGAUGGGGAAAGGGAGAAGGAUGGGGUAAGGGAGAGGGAUGGGGUAAUGGAGAGGGAUGCGGAAAGAUAGAGGGAUGGGGAAAGGGAGAGGGAUGGGGAAAGGGGGAGGAAUGGCAAAGGGAGAAGGAUGGGGUAAGGGAGAAGGAUGAGGUGAGGGAGAAAGAUGGGGGAGAGGGAUUGGGUAAGGAAGAGGAAUGGGGUAAGGGAGAGGGAUUGACAAAGGGAGAAGGAUGGGGAAAGGGAGAAGGAUGGGGUAAAGGAGAGGGAUGGGCAAAGGGAGAAGGAUGGGGAAAGGGAGAAGAAUGGGGUAAGGGAGAGCGAUGGGAAAAGGGAGAGGGAUGGGGUAAGGGAGAACGAUGGGGUAAAGGAGAGGAAUUGGUAAAGGGAGAGGGACGGGGAAAGAUAGAGGGAUGGGGAUAG